AUGUUGACGUAUUGCGUGCUGAACUUGAUUUUCCCUUUGGUGACGUCCGUUGAAAAUAUCCUCGUCAUCCAUGCUCUGUGGAAUGCCUCAUCGAUUCCCGCUAAUAUAAAGAAGUUCUUUCUGAGUCUCGCUUUCUCUGAUCUUGCCGUAGGAUUAAUAGCGCAGCUUAUGUCUGGAGUGAUGGUUACAGCGUUGAUAAUUGCAGCGUAUAAAAACUACAGCAACUCCUUCCUCUGUCCAACCAUACUAACAUUUUGUUAUUUCGUGAAUUUUUUUCUGGCCGGGGCAUCAUUCUUCAAUGUAAUCGCUAUCGGUAUUGACAGAUUUCUCGCCAUCACACUUCAUCUACGAUACCGAGAACUUGUCACCUCGAGCCGUGUUUUUAUGACGUUAGUUUCCGUAUGGCUAAUGAGUGGUGUAGCUGCCUGCAUAUACGUUUCUCUCAUUUAUACCAGUGAGCUGGUAAUUGCGAUCAUUGAAAUUGUUGGACUUCCUUUUGACAACUGCGGUCUAUAUUCGCAUUUACGGAGUUGUGAAAUAUCAUCAAAAUCAGAUACACAGUGAGCUUCAGCUUUCAAACUCGGCUCCUAAAGCAAGACAGCUCGUCCGAGAAAGAAAGUCAGCAUGUAAUGCUCUUGUCGUGUACAUUGUAUUCGUUACAUGUUAUCUUCCGUAUUUAUGUUCAAUGAUAAUGUUGGUAGCACAUGGAAAUUCGCCAUCGUCGUUUACAAUAGCUCAGAUGAUUUCACUGUUCUUGGUUUUUCUAAACUCUUCGCUGAAUCCCGUCAUUUACUGCUGGCGAUAUCACGAAAUUAAGAAAAGGGUGAAAAGUACAUUGAAGAAAAUAGUAACUUGCACUUAA